AUGCUGAGACUUAGCAUCAGGAACUUUUCCAAAUUCACAGCCUUAUCAGCUUCUCACAGGUUUUCGCUGCCAAAGAAAAAAAAUCCUCUAGGCCUGCAAAGAAAAGCAGAUUACCUACACGACCCUGACCGCUUAGCAAAGCUCCAAAAGCUUGCAAAGGACGAAACCUCAAUUCCUGGGAUGUCUCUGAGCGAGUCCGUCAAAAAACUCGCCAAAACUGACGAAGAGUUCAACGAUUUCCUCAAAGAGUUCAAGUCCAAAGAAGAGCCUAAAUGGUCAUCCAUAUUAAAAGCUGAAAGGAAAGCCCACGUCAGAGACUACGAAAAGACCUUAUUAAAAACAGACGAAGAGCGUAUUGCUGAGCUGGAAUUGCAUGAAGAGUUCAGAAAAAAAGAAUACAUCAAGCAUAUCAAAGAAGCAGUCAAAUCUAGCAACACAUUAAAUGAAGUAAGGGAGCCAGGCAUUGGUUAUGACCUAAAAACAUUGAAAAAUAUGAAAUUUGAGGCGCCAUGGAAAGCUUCCGCUGAAAAAGACUUUCAUGUGAUUUUUCUUGAUUCUUCUACGUCAACUAAUAUAUCUGCACUACAAAGGACUAAUAGUAGAAGAACGCUGCUUUUUAUGGGCAAUGGCGCUGGCAUGAUUGCAUAUGGGAUUGGGACAGCUACAAGCUAUAGCGACUCUUUUGAUAAAGCUGUUGAAGUCUGCAGGAGAAAUUUGAUAAAUAUUCCUUUGGAUCCUUGGUACACUAACCCAAUUUAUUUGAAAGGAAAGUGGCAUGGCACUAUUUUUGAAAUCUGGCCGUCACAGGCAGGGCAGUCUUGGGGAGAGCCAACAUAUGGAAACAUGCUGAUACUAGCUGGGCUGCAUAACUUUGAGUGGAAAAUUACUGGGAAAAACGCGACAGAGUAUUCGAAGACUUAUGCAAUGUUCAAUGCGUUGGUUAGGAAUACCACGCCUAGAGAGUUGGCAGAGAUAUCUGGGAAGAAGCUAUAUACUAUAUCAUGGGGUAGACCAGACAGAUUGCAUGAUCUGCCAGUAAUGUCUAGAGGAUAA